CGACGAUGGCGGAGGAGCUACAGCCGACUUCACCGGUCGCAGGAACACCAGCUCAAGGCAGCUUUACCGUUGUCCUUGGAGAGGUCCGACGGACCAAUCACGCGAACAAUAACGACGAUAACGCGCAAGUAGUCCCUUCGUUCUGGGCAUCAGUGGAUGUCGUGACUAGUGGCGAAGCAUCGGCCGCGUUAUGGUGGGCAUCGGCGCAGGACACUGCCGCCCGAGCCAGCACCGCCGUGCUCACAGUACAGAGUCUAUCGGGUGAAGACGAGAACAUGGUAUCGUCGUUUCGAUACGCACAACCGUCCAAGCUGUUUGCGUUGGACGAACCAACGUUGAUCCGUCAAUUGUGCGCGUCGGUGGUGCGCGUCACAUUGUACCAAGGUGUGGCGCGAGACAAGGACGUAGACGUGUUGGUGAAAGCGGUGGAUGUGCCGCUGCGGCCGCUGGUCGUGGCGGUUCAACUGGACCAACUUGUGGCUUUCUCCGACACCAUCGGGGUGCAAGUGGGGGUAGCAUUUGAUGUGGCGUUUACAGAGUAUUUCAAAGGCGCCAAGGCCCUGUCGUUGCUGUCGUUGUCGAUUCGCCACCUCCCCCAAGAAUGGAAGUUGGUGCCCAAAGAAGGAGAAGACGUCGCGUUGUUGGUGGCGUCCCCCGAAGCCAACGCUGCGAAAUACACGGCGACAAUUGUCUUGCCUGGUUUCGUGGGCACGGAAGUGGUGGGGGACACCCCCCCCGCUUCAACUGUUUCGAUGGCACUCGAAGGCAAGCUCGAACUAAGUGCGACAAAAGACUUCAAAAGUGAAGGCGAUAGUAGUAACGACAACGACGACAUGUGGGUUGUAAAGUUGGAGCCUGUCGAUCCCACACAGCUGUGGUUCCUUUCCAAGGGCCAACUCGGGGCGUGCCUGGAGUGGAUCGAAAGCCCAUGUACCGCCGCCAUCUUCAUUCAACGUGCCCAAGCCGGUGUCGACUCGUGGACUGCCACGUCAUACCUUUCCCUCGCCACCGCCCUGGUUCCUGGCUCAGACAUCGUGUCAUCGGUGGCGCCGCUGGCGCAGGGGGUGGCGCCUUCGCGAGAAAGUUUGGAGGAAACUCUAGCCAAAGCAACGUCAAGUGACGACAAGAAGAAGGCACAGGCCGCGUUGAACGAUUUCGACAAUGUCCUCACACGCAUCGCAGGCCAAGCUGCGUCGUAUGUGAGCGCGGGGGCGAUGUGCCAUGUGGAGGUGGCGUUGCUCCCCGGGGCAUGGGUCCCCCUCCCCCCUGUGCCCACGCCUCCAGCCAUGACCCUCCAGGAACUCAUCCCGCCUCGACCCCCCCUCCCCCCAUUUCCCCAACGAGAUGCCCAAGUGUCCAUGCACAAGGAACUGCGCAAAAUCGUGUCGAUGCUCAUCAAGGAGUACGACAAACUGUUUCUGCAGCCCACGGACAACGAUCAUGACGACGACGACGAGUGCACGCUGCUGUCCAAAGAUGACCGGCGUCAGAAGCUCAUUUUCCACCUCAACGCCGAGGGGCUGUACUUCGAUUUCAAAGAAAAGCUCAAAAAAGCACUGGUGGCCGUGAUUCGCGAAAAGUUUCCGACAAGUACCGCUUCUGGGACGACUCCCCCCCUUGGCGCCCUCUCGCCUCCCCAACGCCACGACCAAACCGCGUUUUUCGCGCAGCUGUACAGCUACUUGAUGGAAGAAGUGCACGUCGUCCUGAACGGCGUGUUCCACGGGGUAGAAGUGCACGAGGCAGAGGACGACUCCCCCGACGCCAUCCGCCUCCAACUCGCCACGUUAAAGCUGCAAGCGUGGGAAAGUGAAGUGAACGGCCAGCUCAAAAAAGCGUCCACCGCCUACACCGACCGCGUCCACGUGGCUGCCAAACAUGCGCGCGACAUCCCCGACCUCCACGCGCCGGUUUGGUUUGACUUUGCUCUGUUUUAUGCCCGUAUCCAAGACCUGGACAAAGCGGGGGAAUGCUUGCGCCAGUGUCUAGCUAUCGACCCCACCCACCUCGGCGCCAUACAAGCGUACGGAGCGCUCCUGUGCCAAAAUCACGAAUUCGACGUGGCUGACAUUGUAUUGAAGAGUGCUCUCGCCAUCUCGCCUUCCCCCAUCGCAAGCCACCAAGCGAGGAGCCACGGAUUACUCGCGGUGUACUAUGCGAUUUCGCAGUCGGACCGUACAGGCAACCUGCGCCUCCACGAACUCAUGCAGGCGGCAGCUCUGACGAAAUCCACCGCCACAUUCUCGUCCCCCACCGCUGAGUGCGUCGGCAUCGCCGCCUACUGCAAAGACCUGGGCUUGUUUUCACUUGCGCAGGACGCCCUCGCCUUGGGGGACGCCGUGAUGAAGCCCAAAACGGUGCUCAGCACGGCGGUGUUGGCGACGCAAAAGCUCGUGCUUGGCGCGAUUGAUUUGCAUUUCCAUCGAUUUGCCGAGGCAAAGCAAUGGUGCCAGGACGCACUGGACCACGACCCCGACUGCGCAGACGGGUGGUACCUCCACGGACUGGUGGCAUCGACGCAGAACGACCUCGCGGUGGCCCUCGCGAGCUACUCCCAAGCACUGGCGCGCCCCGACCAGCUCAACGAUAUGUACCGACUGCCGCUGUAUUUGCAGCUAGGGGCGCUGUUUAUACACCACCAACAAUGGGGGCCGGCCAAGGCGAUUUUCCUGCGCGCGUGCCACGAGAUUUCAGUCGCUUCGGCCUGGCUCGGCGUUGGCGUGGUGUCGGUGCGUCAAGACGACUGGGAAGGCGCGGAAAUGGCACUGGCGGAAGCAAAUGUUCUGGAUCGCACCAACGCCGACGUGUGGGGGUACCUUGCGCUCGUGUGUCUCAACGCGACCUCCCCUCGUCUGCGCGAAGCCGAACAAGCAUUGGAGCAAGCCCUUCGCUACGAUUUAGCGAACACGACCCUGCUCCGUGAGCUCAGCAAUGGGUUUGUGGCGUUGGAUAAACUGGAAGUGGCCGAGUCGCUCUUGCGCCGGUCCCUCUUGGCAGGCGACUCGUCCCUCACCCGCAAGACCCUGGCGGAUGUGCUGGCGGCCCAGAACUGCGCGUCCACCGCGUUGGACCAGUACAAAAAGGCGCUGGAAGGGUGCAGCAGCAUGGGCGACCGCGCGGCGUUGCUGGCUCGGUGCGCGAACUUGCUCAGCAUGCUCGGCCGACUGGAAGAAGCAAAGGAAUAUCUCGAUAUGGCACAACAUCAGCAACAAGGAGCGGACAAGGAAGCGCUCAUUGGACGGCAAGUGCAACAACACCACCAUCGAAUGGACGGGCCAUAGAAAGCACGAUAUAUGGAAAGAGCACUUAUAUUCGUCGUGAGGUUGUUGGGAAGGCUGGACUGUAUCAAGUCAUCACAUCUUUGGCAGCCUUUCUGCACAGAGCCAGCUAGCAAGGCGGUCGGAUAAGUAUUUGGGGGGCGGUUGCUCUCUCUCGAGAUAACUGUCACUAAGUCUUUUGCGGAUGCAC